AUGUCGAAUCCUUAUGGUAAUGACGGAGGAUAUCCACCUCAAGAUGGAGGCUAUCCGCCACAACAGGGUUAUCCACCACAGCAGGGUUAUCCAACACAACAGGGCUAUCCACCACAGCCAGGCUAUCCACCACAAGAAGGAUAUCCACAGUAUCAGCAACAACAGCCGUAUCAAGGCGCUCCACAACAAGGCUAUCCACAGUACCAGCAGCCACCACCACAAAACUACCAGCAGGCUCCACCACAGUACCAACAGGCUCCUCCACCAGGUUACCAAACACCUCCACCAGCAAACGAGGCCAAUGUCAACUACAAGUACGAUGAUAUUGAAUACCACAACAUGCAGGUUAACCAGUGGUACUCAAUUCCAAACGAUGCUACAGAGCAUUACGAGUAUUGGAAUGGUGCUCAAGCAUUCGAGCCACAAAAGUUCUCCGGAAACACAAAGAAGGAGACAAAGUGGAACGACAAGGGCUGGGCUAUUGCUUUCUACAUCCAGCUCGCUGUUUCACUCAUCUUAACAAUAUUUUUGUUGAUUAAGGCCACGUCCAAGGGCAAGAGCUCCAACGCCAGAGGCUUAUUAGCUGAAAGCUCCACUGCUACAGCCAACCAGAUUGUCAUGUACAGUGUUGGAACUGGUAUUGGUAUUGGAGUUGUUAUUAAUAUUCUCCAUUUCGUUUAUGCUAUCUUUGGUGCCAAAAUCUACAUCCACCUUGGCUUAUGGCUUCCAUUCAUUAUCUGUCUUAUCAUUUGCGUCCUCAUUGCUUACUUCAUCAAAUUGUGGGCUAUUUUGGUUGUUCCAGCUUUUGUUGGUCUUAUCACAGUUAUCUGCUACUGCUGCCUCAGGAAGUAUAUCCCAUUCUCCGCUGCAGUUUUCAGAAAGACAAUGAAGCUCAUUCUUAAAUACCCAUCCCUCAUCUUCUUCACCUUCUUGCAGAUGGUUGUUUCUAUCAUUCUCAACAUCAUCUUCUCCAUCAUGAUCUACUGCACAUCCUACCUCGGCUACACAGCCUUCCUUUACAUUUGGGCCGUCUUCUCCUUCUUCUGGACCAACUUGACAUACUACUACGUCACAUACAUGACAGGUGCUGGACUUGCCGCCUCAUACUACUUCCUUAACGAUACAGAAUACUUCCCUAAGAACCCAGUUCUCCAGUCAUACAAGCGUGCCAUGACAACAUCAUUCGGCUCUGCCUCCGUCGCUGGAUUCCUUCUCGCUGUCAUCAAGACACUCAGAUGGCUCGUUGAUUCCAUCUCUACCAAUAACAUCAUCCUCUUUUUCAUCAUUCUCAUCAUCCAAUGCAUCCUUUGCAUCCUCGAGUGGAUCUUCAGCUUCCUCAACCACUACGGUCUCAUCUACUGCGCUACAUUCGGUGUCAAAUACUCCGAAGGCUGCCGCAGAUGGCUCGAACUCUCAUCCAAGAGGUUCGCCAACGUUAUCUGCUCUGGCUGCAUCAUCAACAUCUCUGUCACAUACAACUGGUUCGUUUUCUCUAUUUCAUCUGGUAUUCUCGGUGCUCUCAUCGGAUACUACGUCAUUGGCUCCAAGUAUAACAGCGAUGACCAAUACUCAUUCAUGGUCUUCUGCGCUAUCUUCACUUGCCUCUUCGCUUGCUUCAUCUUCAACGUUCUCGGUGCUCCAAUCGAAGUUAUCUCCGACACAUUGUUAGUUUGCUUCGCUGAACACCCAGAGAGAAUGAAGACAACAGCUAACGAUCUCUACCAGGAACUUGUUGAUCUCUAUGGAAGUGAACUCGCUCACAAGAUCGAGAAGCAAAAUAAAAAGAAGAAGUAA